AAUUGGAGAAGUGUUUUGGGACGCUCUGUUUGUGAUUAUUUCUUCGAAGCUCAAGGAAAGGCUACUUCUCCAGAAGACAUUCCUCCUGUAAUUGCAACAGGAUUCAGUUAUCUCAUCAGUAUAUUUCGCCAUGAUCUCUUCUUUGUUUCUGUUGUUGAAAAUGAAGUUCCACCUUUGUUUGUGAUUGAAUUUCUUCAUCGAGUGGUUGACUUGAUCAAAGAAUAUUUCUCUGACUGUACUGAAACAAUCAUUAAAGAAAAUUGUGUCAUUGUAUAUGAGUUAUUGGAAGAGAUGUUGGAUAAUGGAUUCCCUCUUGCUACAGAGUCAAAUGUCCUUAAAGAGUUGAUAAGACCUUCUAGUAUAGUUAGAAAUGUUGUUAAUAAAGUGACUGGAGACAGCAAUAUGAGCAGUCAUCUCCCAACUGGUCAAUUGUCCAAUGUUCCAUGGAGGAGAACUGGUGUAAAAUAUGCAAAUAAUGAGAUUUAUUUUGAUGUAGCCGAAAGCAUUGAUGCCAUCAUUGAUAAACAGGGCUCCACCAUAUUUUCAGAAAUAGAAGGAACUAUCUCAACAUGUGUUUUACAAAUCCUCGUAUCCUUGAAGAUGUCAGUUUUCAUCCUUGUCUUCGCUUCAGAAGAUGGGAGAGUAAAUAUGCUACCAUUGUUUGCAAAGCCUCGUGUCUUGUUUCAAGAGGGCGGAAGUGGAAGAUUUGAAUUGUCGAUAAGUUCAAAACCAGUUAUGGGUAAAAAUAUCGAGAAUGUUGUCGUGACUGUUCCAUUUCCUAAACAAGUUCUCAACCUUAACUUAACUACAAACGUUGGUACCUAUUCAUUUGAUCCAAUCAAAAAAGAGCUUUCAUGGGAGAUCGGUAGAAUACAAUCUCAGACAUCGUCACCUAACAUCAAAGGAAAUAUAUCUUUAAAAAGCGAUGUUCCACCUUCGUAAUAAACACCAACUGGAUUCUUAAAUUUCAAAAUAUAUUCAUUUGCCGCUUUGGGAUUGAAAGUCGGUACACUGGAUGUACAUGGGGAGAACUAAAAGCUAUGAAAGGAGUCAAGACACAACAGCUUGACGUGUUACAUGGCUGCUUUAAACAUAUGGAGUUGCUGGUCCGAACAAGAAGUUGGCAUUCCACUAUUCAACGUGGCUUCAAUUCUUUCCGUUUUUCUGGUGUUACUUGGGUACUUAGAGCGUAUGGAUUUCCUAAACUUAUGGAAUUUGAUAGGUAGUCUUGACGGUCAUUAUGGAUUUACCUGCAAACGUUGGCUCAUAGGUCCUGCCUAUAGAGAUUUUAUCUCGUUUGAGAGGAAGAGAGUUUUAGAGAAAAGUCGCAUUAAAAAAAGCCAAUCAUGACGUCAACUUCCAUAAACUUCUAGACAAAAGUAAGAAUAUUAAAGCUGACGUUCACGAGGCUCUACAAAGUUGCUCGUGGCUUAGUGGGAAGUAUGGAAUAGCUCGCCCAAACAAGAAGAUGCCGUUUCCUCAUUUGUAUGUCACAGUUGAUUUUAAGAAAGAAAAUUCGGAGGCUGCUAUCAAAAAUGAGAUCUAUGAAAAGUUAAAAUGGAAAGCAUCGCAAUACAUCGAAUUACGAUCUAAACCAUUUAAAGAAGCAAAGUUUCGAAUGCUGUCUAAAAUUAUAGCGCAAAGAACCGAGAGUAGUUUUGGAACAUUGGCAAUGUUCUGCCUUAAGAAUGAUAUAUACUAUGCCUUGACCUGUGCUCAUGCGGGUGUUGUUAAUAAUUUGGAUGACUGUCAACAAGACUUUUGUGGCGGAGUCCAAUGUAAGCCACUGUCAAACAUGAAUAGCCAGGCGUUGUGUAUAGUAUGAUGUCGUUGUAUACACAAACACGAAAAAUACAAUUAUUUCUUAUUUGAUAUAAA